UAUAGAAGUUUUACAGAUAUUCUGGCUGUGCCCUUUUUGUCAUCGAAUUUAGGAAAACCGCUCCUUAAAACCACUUUUUUGGCAGCGACUUGCCAUUUCGACAUGUUUGUGCCCACUUGCGGCAUGGAUAUAAUCUUCGAUAAGAUCUGGUUUAUUUGGGCAUUAACAAUCAUCAUCUUUGAAAAUUCCAAAUUGAAAGUCGUUUCAAGCAGGCUUGCUUACAGUGUUAUCCCAUUUCUAACCACCUCUAACGAUGUGCAUCCACUGUUGCCGCCUCCGACGGACUCCUUGUCCGCCGAUUCCCUACAGCUGUCCUCACUGCCCAGUGCGUACCAUCUCCAGCUGCUGUCCCCUGGGCACCCGUCCAUUCACUGAAAGUCCCUUCGUGAGAGCGCGAAAUCGAAUGCCACCGUCUGAUCCCUGUGAUACCUUGCCACCCCGCUGGCUGGAGGUCAACCGUCGGGUUAUAUAUGCCCUGGCUAGUAAUUUGGGUCGAUCCCCGGAAGCAGCUCAUUACAUAUUGCUACGCCUGCUGUAUGCCAACUAUGGAAAAGUGAUGAUGAUAUCCCGAAAACGAAGAAGUUUCGAUGUGCCAUUCAGUGGUUUUCCAGAUCAGGAUCUGUUCUCAUCCAGCACGCUGUUCGAUUGUAAUGGCUACCUCUCUGAUCCCAUGGCUCCGGAGACUCUAGAAAAGCUGCUUCACAUGAUGCAGAACUAUAUCUUCCGUUUAAGGGCUCUUAAUCAUAAGUACAAGUGGUUCGGAAAUGGCGAGGAUAUGGGAGAAAUACAACACCUGUUGGGGAAACAGGAUGAGCUGGUGAGACUGUUAAGGAAUCUCUUUGGGAACAGCGAUGUGGUGUGCAUUCCAAAUCUCCUAACCGUGCUAAGCGAACUGAAUAUAAAUAAUUUAUUUGGCAAGUGGAAAAAGAAAAAAGCACCAUUGAUAGUGAGAAGUAUAUCCGACCUCUAUUCGGAAGUGACGGAACCGAAGAAGCCGAUAUUGAUAUUAUCAACGGACAGGAAAAAAAUGCCUAAAGCAGACUCUGUGACACCAGUACCUAUUUCUAUCUACAAAACUCCUGAGUCAAGAGAUUGGAAAUACCAGAGCCUAAGUAAAAACCCAGUUCCAAUAGCCACUGCUGAAGCAGAUCCCAAAAAAUCAAACAGAACAUUCUCUGCUAUUAACAUUGUAAGACCCAUCCCAGUGAACUCCAUUGCAUUAACCGACUUUCCAACUAUCAAAACAACAUUUAUCCCAACAACCCAAACGGAUUCAAUCCCGACAACCAAUGCGAAAUCGAAUCCAAUGAACACAGAUUCGAUAUCAACAUUCAAAGCAAACUCCCUCGUAGCAUCCAAUAUUUCUACCUUUCGAAGCACAGCCAAUUCCAAAAGACCUAAGGACCCUAAUUUACAAUUUAAGGUACCGCCGGAAUUCUAUGAACCCGUUGACUUGAAGAAGGAUUCUAAUUGGCCUUCUCACCAACAAUUGAUGUCGGAUGACUGGAUUGCCAAUGACCGAAAGGAGCUGCGGGGACUGGGCAGUUUGCAAAAGAUGCUAUCCGUGCGAAGCGAGAAGUCUUUCGGCGAUGCAGCGUUUGGAGAUGUUUUCGGCAAUACAUCACGAAUAUCGCGAAUGUCAUCCACUGUGACCACCAAUACCGUCCCUGCCCAACGUAGUAAAUCAUAGGAUCAUAUGGAUUAACCAAUGAAUAUGGCAGUUGAACCAAAGUUUAUUUCUUGGAGCAAUUGUCCUAUACAUUGGUAUGUUUAACCUAUAUAACCUGAAAAAUCAGAUGUCGCUCAAUAUCUGGUAUGGAUUCUUAAAAUAAACAAAAUUGAUAAACUUA